AUGAUUGUGAGGGAUCUAAAGCGCCUCGCGCUCGUGGUAGGACCAGUUCUGGUCUUGCUGUUCCUGAGCGCAAGUCUCUGGCACGCGAACCCCGACUUUGUUCGCUCGCGCAUCGGCACCCUUCUCGACACACACCAUGUAGACACACCUCCCGCCGCGACAGACGACGACUCGCGCCCCGGGCCGCUGCCACCGCACAACGAGACGCACAACGAGAUCUUCUCCCUAUCGACGUUCGAUUCGCGCUACUUCCCUAUCGAAUUCGGCAAGUAUGUCUUCAAUCCAAACAUCAUCCCGCACCCGACCCGAGACGAGACGUGGAUCAUAAUGGGCCAGCGAUACGACGACCCCAAUAACCGCAAUUUUACUUGCGUCGAGCUCGGAUGCUACGCCCGGUUUGUCGAUGGGGCGCUGGUCUGCGUCGACGAGGUCAGGCGCUUCCCCAUCGCGCCGACACCAGGCGGCAUGUGCGAGGGAGAACUGACCUUCCUCAACCUCAACGACGGACCACAUGAUGCCCGCGUCUUCUACGGGCCGCAAAAGCCAUAUACAAUGUACGGGUCCCAGAGCGGCAUUACCUGCUUUGGACUGUGGAUGCAGGACUUCCGGCAGUUGGUCGACUGGGACGCCCAUGAACCGGACACUCCCGACGACUUCAAGGUUGGAACCGAAGUGCAGCGGCCCGAGCCGUGGGCCCCCGUCGAAAAGAACUGGUUCAUCUUCUGGGACAAGGACGAUCAGAUGCACGCACACUACGACAUGUUCCCCACGCGAGCCUUUGCGAAGCUCUCGAACGACGGGUCCGCAGGACCGGAUCUCGCGCCGGCGGCGGCCUUGCACGGGGACGAGCUGUGCAUGCGACGAUACCUCCCAAAACUGCCACCCAGGCUCGAGUCGAUCCACCAAGCGACCAACUCGCUCAAGAUCACGCUGUGCAACCGGGCCGACGCGGGUUGCAAGGCUGAUGACGACAAUACCUUCAUCCUGACCAUCAUCCAGCACAAGACCUUCUACGACUGGCACGGCGAGUACGAGCCCUAUGUCGUGCUGUUCUAUCAGCGCCCGCCCUACGAACUGUACGCCAUCUCCAAAAAGUCGCUGUGGAUUCAUGGUCGCCAGCGCCUCAGCGACACGCGCACCGAGAUGGUCUACGUCACCUCGAUCAACUGGAAGGAGCGCGGCGUCAGGUACCACGGGUACCUUGAUGACGUCCUGUUUUUGGGAUUCGGAGUUGAGGAUAAGACUUCGGGCGGCAUUGACGUCCGGGGAGCCGAUCUCCUCGUGGACCUGGGCCUCUGCUCCGCCGCGUCAUAG